UCCCCGGCUCGGGAUCCGCGGGUCCCUCGGGAGCGGCAGCGCCGGGUGGCGGGAGCGGCCGAAACUAGGAGAGAAAAGUAUCCGCCCGGCAGAAUGAGGGACUGAAAGACCGACAUCGUCCCAGAGUUCUUCCACCAUGAGGAUGCAAUACCUGCUCCCCACUCUGCUCUACCUCUCCCCGGUGCUGCUGGGGCCUGGCGAUGGAAUCAUUGUCUUGUCUGUCCCUGAAGUGGUUUCACUAGAAAGUGGAAGUUCAACAAACGUCACUGUCUCUUUGAGGCCUCCACAAAAUGAGACACUGGUGAUAACUCUUAAUAUCACACACUCCUCAAAACACAGCACUAUUGUUGAACUGCCUGCUGAAGUACAAGUGCCUGCAGGACACACUAAAGCAGACUUCCAGGUGAAAGCAGAUGAUGUUGGACAAGUAACAGUUUAUCUUUAUGCCAUUAAUUCCAAUUUAACUGGACCUAGGAUUCAAUUUCAAGUUAUUCAUAGCAUCAUAGUGAGAUAUGCUGAUGAGGUGAUUGGCUGGAUCUAUUUCCUCGCCUGGUCUAUCUCCUUUUAUCCUCAACUCUUUGAGAACUGGCGACGAAAAAGUGUUGUUGGACUAAGCUUUGACUUCAUAGCAUUAAACCUUACUGGCUUCAUAGCAUACAGUGUGUUUAAUGUUGGACUCUUCUGGAUUCCCCUGAUUAAGGAGGAAUUCUUAGUCAGUUAUCCCAGUGGGGUGAAUCCUGUGGCUAUCAAUGAUGUUUUCUUCAGCCUCCACGCAGUAGCUCUGACUCUCCUCAUCAUCGUUCAGUGCUGCAUCUACGAGAGAGCAGAACAGAAAGUAUCCCCAGUUGUUGUUGGACUGCUGGCACUUGCCUGGAUCUUCACAUUUACAACACUGUUUCUUGCUGCAGCUGAGGAAAUGACAUGGCUACAGUUCUUGUUCUGCUUCUCUUACAUCAAGUUAGCAGUCACGCUCAUCAAAUAUUUUCCACAGGCAUACAUGAACUUCCGUCGGAAGAGCACUGAGGGAUGGAGCAUUGGAAAUGUGUUACUAGACUUCACUGGUGGAAGCUUCAGCCUUCUCCAGAUGUUUCUGCAGUCAUACAACAAUGAUCAGUGGAAGUUAAUCUUUGGAGAUCCAACCAAGUUUGGCCUGGGUGUCUUCUCCAUCAUCUUUGAUAUAGUUUUUAUGGUCCAGCACUACUGCCUCUACAGGAGACGAGGGUAUGAACCUUGUGAAUAACAGGUGAAGACAAACUUUAAACUGAACUUGCCCCUACUCUGCCUGGGGGCUUUCAAGGUACCUCCUGCCACUUACCAGGAAUACUGACUCUGAUCUCUUGGUACUUUGAUCCUCUCUGGUAUGGAAUACAAGCUGUUCCCUUGCCAACUGCUGACUUCCAGAUGCCUUAAAGGACAGCAAGCCAUCCAGCCACCACUUGCAAAGAGAAGACUCAUGCCUGUUGAAGCUGCAAAGGCAGCUCAGCUGGAGUUGUCCAGGCAACAUGUGCCUCUUCUUCUAUUAACAACAGGAAAGAGAAAGACCAGAGGAGUGUCUUUCUGAUGGGAAGUGAAGCACAAAGAACAGUUCUGGCUUCCAAAAACCUGAGAUCAUGUUUAAACAUCCACUUAAUGUCUUAAUGUCAUCACUGAAGACUGGAUCUAAGUGCUGCUGUUGGCUGCUCAGACAGAUCACAGUAGAACACCAAUUGGGUGGGCUGUUAACAGCUGUAGUGGAACAUAAUAAUGGAGUUGGUAGCAAAUACACAACUGUGAAAACCUAAACUCUUUAUUAAAAAAAAAAUACUUGAGAAGCAGAAA